AUGGUGCUCGAGAGGACUCUGACCGAGCCGCUGCUGUGCUCCUCAAAUUGGCGCGAAACCGGCGCGCGGGAUGGUGAUUAUAUCGGAGGAAGCACUGGCGGACCGCACGGCGUGCGACCACAUUGUGACAAUAACGAAGGACGAGCUGGUGUAAGCCGCGGCGCCGGAGGUGGUGCUAUGGUGGCGUCGUUAACUCGCAGCGCUAGUAGCUGUAGGACAGCGGACUACUCAGUUCACUGGACCGGCAAUGAAGGAGACGGCGGCUUUGGCGGCGGUAGUGGCGGAGAUGGUGGUAUGGUGGCGCCGUUAACUCGCAGCGCUAGUAGCUGUGGGAUGGCGGACUAUUCAAUUCACUGGGUCGGCAGUGGAGGCGGCGGCGGCGGCGCCGGCUUUCACGGCGGUUUUAACGGCGGCUCUGGCGGCGCCUUUGCCGCAGGAUAUGGCGGCGUUAGUGGCGGCGUCGAUGGUGGCGGCAGCAUAGCCAGCGGUGUGUGCCGCGUCAACAGCUGCGGUGGUGAUGGUUACGGCCGCGCGUUUGGCGGCGGGAGCGGCGGGGGUGUUCCUUGGAGCCGCAGCGAGUCAUAUCAUCCGCCGGCCUGUGUCGAUCCGAGUAUAGGUUAUGCAUCUCCGGGGCGCACAGCAGGCUCACGCACUGGGGUUGCGACGGCUGCUGCAGAUCCGAGUGCGGGAUAUGGAGAUCGCGCAGCAGGCUCACACAUGGGGGUUGCGGUGGCUGCUUCAGAUUCUGCUGCGACUAGUCGCCUGGAGAGCCAGUCACCAGCUAGAAUGAACAGCCUGCCUCGAGCAGAGUCGCAAUUGCUAGCGCCCAAGGGUUAUCACGCGCAGUUGGACAGAAGGGGGGGAAGGUGGUCACCCAUCAACACCCCCACCCUCCCCCGCGGCGUUGCCCCUUCCGCCCUUCCCCGUGCUUCCCCCUGUGCACUUCCCCGGACGUCCCCUACUUCCCCCAAACGCCCUUCCCUCUCCCCCGAGCCUCCCUCCCUGGACCUCCCCUGCUCGCGCUCCCCCCGAGCCUCCAGUGCGACCAAGCCUCGGACGUCCCCCCUGGUUCGGUCGCUAGGCUCGGGAACUUUUGCCAAUGGGUACUCGUUUAGUUUGUGGCAGGAUGGGCAGGAGGCGAAGGAGGAGGAGGAGGAGGAGGAGGAGGAGGAGGAGGAGGAGGAGGAGGAGGAGGAGGAGGAGGAGGAGGAGGAGGAGGAGGGAGGAGGAGGAGGAGGAGGAGGAGGAGGAGGAGAGGAGGAGGAGGAGGAGGAGGAGGAGGAAGCGGAAUGA